AUGACACAUCUCCACACCCUCACAAUUUCCGACCGGGAAACAACCAUCUCCGACAUCUCCACCUACAUCACCACUCUCCCAUCCCUCCACACCCUCCUCAUCGACGCCCUCAAUUUCUCAACCCCACCACCAACAAUUCCCCCCUCAGCCCAAAGAUCCGCCCCACUCCAAUCCCUCCACCUCAACUCCUUCCACCUCCCCCCCUCAACCCUGCACGCCCUCCUCCUCCUCCCCCGCGCCCUGCAAACGCUGAACUGCCUCACCCCCGGCCACCAGUUGUGGGAACCGUUCGGGGGCGGUUACCCCGACUCGGAAAUGCUGGAGCCGCUGAGUGCCGCGGAUAUCGCAUCGGGUUUGCGGCCGGCGAGGGACUCGCUGGUGGAGUUAUGA